UCUUUUGUGUAAAUAAUUUGUUCCGCCGCUCGCAGUACCAGGAAUCGGCUUGAAGAUACCCAAGAAAACGGACUCAAUAUGCGAGGAAAGAAGGGAAAAACACCUCCCUUUUUGAGCCAAGAAUUUAUUAUCCAGAAUCAUGGAGAUAUCGUAUCUUGCGUUUGUAUGGUCGUAAUGGUGGGAUUAAUGUUUCAGGCAACACAGCCACUCUCACAAAUAUUUAUUGCUGCUCAACAUAACAUUACAAAGGAGGUUGAAGAUCAAAAAAUUAUCAAUUAUACAUAUGGUUGGAAAGAUUUGUGCACAAUAUUUUUUUAUUCACUCUGCUGGAUUGUUAUGCAUGCAAUUAUUCAAGAAUAUAUAUUAGAUAAAUUUAACAAAAGGCUUCAUUUGUCAAAGACAAAACUUAGUAAAUUCAAUGAUUCUGGUAACAUGCUUCCAUUUUAUCUUGCUUCAAUUGGGUUUGCUGUUGAUCAAAUUACCAAGCUUCAAAUAUUGCAAAAUUUUUCUGGUUUAUGGGAAAAAUAUCCACAAACGGAAAUGAGCUUUAUGGUCAAGUUUUAUUUUAUUUUGCAAAUUGCAUACUGGAUUCACUGUUACCCUGAGCUGUUUUUUAUGAAAGUCCGAAGCGAGGACAUAUCAAGCAAAGUGACAAUCUACACUUUGUACCUUGCUUUCAUUUCUGCUGCCUAUGUGUCCAGUGGAACACACAUUGCACUAAUUUUGUUGGCUAUCCACUAUGUGCCAGAAGCUUUAUUCGCACUGACGAGAAUUAUUCAUUGCACAGGGAAAACGGAAAUUUCUCAACAUGGAUUUUUGGUGUGGGCUGUCACUUUUGUUUUGGCCAGACUUGCUACUAUUAGCAUCGCGAUUUUAAUUGUUUGGUUUGGUCUUGGUAAACAUGACAUUGGUAAAAUUGACAUCACUAGUGGAAAUAUUAACACUCAAACUGUGAGAAUUGCGUGGCUGUCAGCCAUUGUGUUGGUCCAAGCUUGGAUGGCGUGGAACUUUAUCAUGUCGCAAGUUCAACGAUACCGGGAGUCAAUGCCGGUAAAGUCAAAAGCAGACAAGCAUGAUCGCAAGAAAAAGGAUAAAUUGGCUGAGAAUCAAAAUGGCGGCUCCCCACGUAACAGGACAUCGCCAAGAUCGAAGAAAAAAGAUUAGAGAUUUUAUUUGAGCGGUUUUAGCAAAGUGAGAAUAAUUGUUUCGAAGCCGAAGAGCAUAUAAUUACUUAGUAUUGAUAGGUUGUUUUUUUAUAAAAUCUUUGUUUUGAAACUGUAGCGACGUUUUUGGUAAUGUUUUUGGCUGGGUGCGAAUGAACACGCCAUAUCAAACUUAUUUAAGCUGGCUUUUUGACGAUCAGAAUUUUUCAUAAAAAAAAGUUACGACCGCGUUGUUGCAUAUAUUCUAUCAUGAAACCGUUUUCAGACUACGAAUAUUUUUGUGUGUAAAAUCUCUCCUCCGCAGUGGUUUAGUUUAUCUUUUGUUUAUGCGCCAGUGACGUUUAGAGGAAGAAUGUUAUUAUUUUUACCAGACUACGAUAGAGCAUUUUAAAAGAUGGUUAUUUUUAAUAUUUAAAGGUAUUUAAUUUUUUUUUCAAAUUAUGGAGUGGUUAUAUAACUGGUAAUUAAAAGUCUCGCCAUUAGUCCAGGUUCUGCAAGGUUUGUAGGAUAAAUUGUCCGUAAAAGAAUUCAUCACUUUUCUGAAAA